AUGUCUAGUCAGUUCUUGAAGAGCCACGUGGCUGCUGAGCUCGUAUAUAAUAAGAGAAAUCUUUUCUGGGUGACUGCCGACUCCUCCGUCAAAGAGGCGCUGACCUCACUAAGGGACUGCAACUGUCUUUCAUUGCCCGUGUGGGACGAGUCCAAGAAGCAGUUUAUCGGCAUAGUGAACACAUUCGACGUGCUGGCGUACCUCUCAUUCCACGGUUUUGAUUACCAGGGUGUGCCAUCGCCCCAGGAACUCACUGCGUUUGAACUGGCCCAUAAGAAAGUGAGUGAGUUGAUUGGUGUGGGUGAGCAGAUCCGCUCGGGUGUGACGUUGGAUGGAUUGAAUAUCAUGGAGAGCGAUGACACAGUCGCAGAUGUCAUGGACCCCUUCACCGUGGGCGUGCAGCGGGUGCUGGUACGAUACGAAGGACAGGAAGAGGUCCCCUCGAGCUAUCGCAUGCUGUCACAGUCCGAUAUGGUGCGAUUCCUGUACCUCAACGAGGAGCAUCUGGACCAAGAACUGGACAAGUCCAUCAAGGAGCUCUCAGUCGGCACUACUAAGGUGCACACCGUCAACAUCAAUGACAUAACUCUACACGCCUUCCGAGAGAUAUACACAGACGAAACGUGCGAGGCCAUGGCUGUAGUCAACGACGAUGGUAAACUGAUCGCCACACUCUCUCCGUCGGAUAUCAGAGCCUUUGACGAGACAGAGGUUGCAUCAGUGCUAAAGCCAGUAGGAGAGUUCUUAAAAGAGAACAACUUCGGUACACUGCGAUGGCCAGUCACAGUCACACAACACUCGACACUGGCGCAGUGCAUGUCUAAGGCUGUCCUCGGCCACUUGCACCGAGUGUGGAUUGUGGAUGCCGACGAGAAGCCUGUGGGACAGGUUACGUUGGAGGAUAUUCUCCAUCAGUUCAGCUCCUUCCCCUUCCGCCGCCUGUCUAUGACCGAUACAAAGAAGCUACUAAAGCGCGCUGAGAGUGGCAAAGCCUAG